AUGACAAACGAUCCCAUUAGAGUAGUGGUCUGUGGCGAUGAAGGUGUGGGAAAGUCCAGUCUCAUCACUUCUCUCGUCAAAGAUGUAUAUGUCCCAAAUAUUCAGCCAGUUCUUCCUCCAAUCACAAUUCCAAAAGAGUUUUCAGUUUCAGGAGCCUCGAACCCUACAAUCAUUGUUGACACUUCUGCAGACCCACUCGAAGUCCAGUCACUCCAGCAUGAAAUAAAACGUGCCAGCGUCAUUUGGCUCGUAUAUUCGGGACAUUACACUUGCGAGCGCAUUUCUCUUUUUUGGAUGCCUUGGUUUCGUUCAAUGGGUGUCAAUCUUCCUGUCGUUCUCUGUGCAAACCAAUGCGAUAGAGUCCCGGAAAUUGAAGCAGAACACGCAAUUGAAGACGAAAUGGUCCCCAUAAUGAAGGAAUUCAAAGAAAUUCAAUCUUGCAUCAGAUGCAGCGCAAAAGAUCACUAUAAUGUUAAUGAAGCCUUCUACCUUUGCCAGCGAGCCGUCACUCACCCUAUUACCCCAUUAUUUGAUUCAAAAGAAGGUUAUUUAAAGCCGGCCUGUGUUCAAGCUCUCAAACGUAUCUUUUUUCUUUCUGACAGUGAUCAAGACGGGUACCUUUCCGACCGUGAAUUUUAUCUUCUUCAAGUAAAGUGUUUCAAAAAGCCUUUGGAACCUCGUGAGCUUGCUCAAGUAAAGGAAACUCUCAAUUCAACAUCUUCUAAUGUUGUUUCCGAACGUGGAAUUUCUGAAGAUGGAUUCAUCGCUUUAAAUCAAUUAUUUGCAGUUAAGGGUCGACAUGAAACUAUUUGGGGUAUUUUACGUGCCUUCCACUAUACGGACUCUCUCUCGCUUGCUGACAGCUUUUUAUACCCUAAACUUGAUGUCCCUGAAAAUUCAAACGUAGAACUCAGCCCUGAAGGUUACCGCUUUUUUGUUGACAUGUUUGUCCUUUUUGAUAAGGACAGUGACGGUGGGUUAAAUGAAGCAGAACUAAAAGCUCUUUUCAAACCUACACCAGGUAUCCCCAAUCUCUGGCAGGAGUUCAACUUCCCCCAUUCCACAGUUAAAAACGAGCAAGGCAAUAUUACUUUGCAAGGUUGGUUAGCUCAAUGGAGUAUGACAACCAACCUUGAUUAUAAAACCACAAUGGAAUAUCUCGCCUUACUUGGAUUUGAAAAUAGUCAGCUGCACAACAUCAACACACCAACACUGACACAAGCUUACAGAAACCGCGAAAUCACUGACGCUCUCAAGGUUACCAAACCUCGCAAACGACGUAACCCUCGGAGCCGUUCUUACAGAAAUUCAAUUGUAGAUAGAACUGUUUUUAGCUGCUUUGUUGUCGGUAGCAGGGGUUCCGGUAAAACAUCACUUUUGCAAGCUUUUCUUAACAGACCCUUUAGUGAAGACUACUCACCCACAAUCCGACCAGUUACUGUCGUCAACAGCGUCGAAGUUCAUGGCGGCAAACAAUGCUAUCUCAUUUUGGAAGAAUUGGGUGAACUUGAGCUUGCUGUUCUUGACAACCAGUCGCGGCUAGACAAUUGCGAUGUUCUUUGCUUGACAUAUGACUCAUCUGAUCCAGACAGUUUUGCUUACCUUGUUGACCUUCGCAAAAGAUUCCCGCUGCUUGAUAAUAUCCCUGCAGUGUACGUUGCUUUAAAAGCAGAUCUUGAUCGUCAGCAACAGCGCAGUGACCUCCAGCCUGACGUUUAUACCCGUGAGCUCAGAAUGCCUGUUCCCUUACAUGUAUCGGUUCAAUGGCCAACAGCUCUCAACGAGCUAUUUAUCCAACUGGCAGAGUCUGCUCGUGUUCCUGGACCAGCAACACCACGUUUUGAAGAUGAUGAAGAAGAGCUAUCACUUAUGCCAUCUUUACUGGCUGUCGCUGCACUUGGAACUGUGGCAAUAACAGCUUCAUGGAUAUGGAGAAGUUAUCUGCAAUCUUCAAGGUCAUAA